GUCUGUUUUAUUGCGCGCCGUCAAGAGCGCAGAGGGAGCGCGCUGGUGUUCCCGUGCCUUUACUACGCCACCACCGUUUGGCGGGAAACGGCACCGUGCUGGCGCAUGAAUACUUGGAGUAAGGGGCCACGAAAAUCCGUAGUAUUAAAACGCGCUGAUAGAAAAUCCCGCAGUAGCUGAAAUCACGGCCGGGCUGAAGAUCUAGCUGUGCGGUGGGAGGGUUUCCACUGAAAGCCGGUGCGGUGAACAGCUGCUCUCUCGGAUUACUCUCACUUAAUCAAUCGGGCGACUGUUUGACACACUUGUACGUUUUUCGGCCGCUGCCACGGCAGUCAUCAUGCCGCUGAGUUCAGGCAUGGCGAGUAGUAAGAACUACGAUUACGACUACGACUCCUACCAGCCCUACUUCUACUUCGACAACGAGGACGAGGACUUUUACAGCCAGCAGCACAGCCAGCCGCAGCCCCCAGCGCCCAGCGAGGAUAUCUGGAAGAAGUUCGAACUGCUGCCCACCCCUCCGCUCUCCCCGAGCCGGCGGCCGUCCCUCAGCAGCGGCAGCAGCCCGUUCCCGUCCACCGCGGACCAGCUGGAGAUGGUCACGGAGUUUCUCGGGGACGACGUGGUGAACCACAGCUUCAUCUGCGACGCGGACUACUCUCAGUCCUUCCUUAAGUCGAUCAUCAUCCAGGACUGUAUGUGGAGCGGCUUUUCCGCCGCGGCAAAGCUGGAGAAGGCGGUGUCCGAGCGGCUCGCCUCGCUGCAGGCUGCGCGCAGGGAAGCUUCGAGGAGCAGCUCGACAGGGGACAGCAGCACGGGGCGCCUGGGCUCCAGCCUCGGUUACCUGCAGGACAUUCACGCCUCCGCUACGGACUGUAUAGACCCCUCUGUGGUCUUUCCUUAUCCGCUUACUGACUGCUCGAAGCUGGCCCGACCGCCCACGCCGGCUCUGCCUCUGGAUACUCCUCCGAACAGUGGGAGCAGCAGCAGCAGUGACAGCGACAGCGAUGAUGAUGAGGAUGAGGAUGAGGAGGAGAUCGACGUGGUGACCGUGGAGAAGAGGAAGUCUGCGAAGAGGUCUGACCCCGUGGUCCUGAAGCGCUGUCACGUCAACAUUCAGCAGCACAACUACGCGGCGCAGCCGAGCAGAGGCGGCGAGCAGCCGGCGGUGAAGAGGCUGCGCUUCGAGGGCGGCAGAGCGCUCAGACAGUCCAGCCACAGCCAGCGGACCUCCGACUCGGAGGACAACGACAAGCGGCGGACUCACAACGUGCUGGAGCGCCAGAGGAGGAACGAGCUCAAGCUGAGCUUCUUCGCGCUGCGCGACGAGAUUCCGGACGUGGCGAACAACGAGAGAGCCGCCAAGGUGGUCAUUCUGAAAAAGGCCACCGAGUUCAUCUCAAGCGUGCAGGCCGAGGAGCGACGGCUGCUCACCGUCAAAGAGCAGCUCAGGAGGCGGUGUGAACACUUAAAACAGAGACUGGAACAGCUGAGCAGCUCCUGAGCCGCUCUUUGGGACACGGACUCCUGUUGGGUUUUAAAGCCUUUUUUGGAAAGGCGGUUGCAGUGGAUGCACCGAGAAGUCAUGGACACACUGUGGGUGUGGCCAGCAGCGCAGCGCUGUUGCAAUCUGACUGAUUUAUACUAUUACAGCUGCCUCUAUUUGAGGCAGUUGAGGCUAUAGAUUUAUUUGUAUUUAAUUUUAUUUUUAGUAACGCCACGGUCAGCAGUCUGCUCACUGCUGAUCUUAAUUUAAUGUUUUGUUUUUGUAAAUUUUGUACAUACUUGCUCAGAUGUAUUGAAGAUACUGUAUGAUUUGAAUCAUAAAGGCAUUUCUUUAUAAAUCGUGUUUGACUACA